AAAAAAAUUGACAACCGCAAAAAAACUGGCAGCGAAGGUGGGCCAGACUGCAAGUUGAAUGAAACGGAUAAUUUAAUCAUUGAUAUCCUUGGACGUGAUACCGCACUUGUUAAAGGGCUUUCUUCAAAAGAAACAUGGGAAAAAACGAUCCCCUCAGUUGACGAAAUGGGUAAAGAAAAUAAAGAAAAUGAAAUGCCUUCAACACCUGCCUUAGUUAACACUGUUAAGGCAAAGAAGUCAUGUACAAGCGUACCAGUGCAUAACGAAUCUGAACUGCGAGUAAAGAAACUUAAACUCUCGUUGGAGAUUAUGGAAAAAGAAUCCUACUUAAAAAGCCUGGAAAUAUUCAAACAAGAAAAGGAGUUAGGGUUGCUUCCCUCAUAUUUCACCGCCAUAUUCCAUGCUGCGCAACAAGAAAUACUCAUUACAACCAGAACACCGACAAAAGAAGACCAACCCAACAACCUCCCUCACGUCAAAAAAGAUAGACCCCAAGAACCAAAAAGACAAAUACUGAAGCUUCCAACUCAAGCACAAAAAAAUACUUAUAGCCUACCACAACAAGUAUCAAGAAGUGAACAGUCGGAAACAAUAAAAAAACUCACAGAGGCUCUUAUAAGAAAGGAUAAGCAGAUCGACGCCAUGCAAAAACAACUCUCGGACAUGGCAGAAGACAACAAAUCCCUACGGAACAAAAUUGAUGAACUCAUCGCUUAA